AGUAAAUUGUUUUUUUUUCUGAAGUGUUGCAAACAAAUUUAUCUCUCAAUAAAUCCUCAAUAUAUCCCAGAAUAUUCAAGUCAAUGUAAGUUUUAUUGAAUAUUCUUAAACUUUAAACCACAUAUUGUAAUGUAAAUGUAAAGAUUCCUACAAAACUGUUCAUUAAAUAGUGAAAUUGAAAACAAAAACAUGCAUCGACGCGGCGGAAAACGCAUCCGGAUGAUGGAAGCCACUUUCAAUGAGCAAAUGAAUGAAAGUGAAUCGGAUCAUGGAGACAGUGAAUCUUCACCGAAUAAGAGUGGCAGGAUGACUCGUCUUCGAGCUCGAGGUGGUGUCCGGGACAAGCCUCCCAUAAUCGACGAAGACAUUGACGAUUUGAUUGCACCAGUCGUAAAGAAAAGAAAACAGUACACAAAACAGCCCAAAAAGCUUGCAACUGAACCUCGAGAGCGUAUUGAGCGGGAACCAAGGGAGAGAGUUGAACGUGCUCUGGCCACGGAAAAGGAAACACGAGAUGUGACCACAGAUGAAUCGAGUUUGUACUACAUUGUGAGGCACAGUAAGGCGGCAAUAGCAACAAUUGUGGACGAUUGGAUUUCGAGCUACAAGGUAGAGAAAGAAACAGCCCUUAUUGCCCUCAUGCAGUUCUUCAUUAACGCCAGUGGAUGCAAGGGCAAGAUUGAUCAUCAAUUGCCCGCUAUGGAGCAUACAGCCACCAUCCGGAAAAUGACUGAAGAAUUCGACGAAGAGAGUGGAGAGUAUCCGCUGAUAAUGCCAGGACAGCAGUGGAAGAAGUUCAAGCAGAAUUUCUGUGAUUUUGUCCAGACCCUUGUGAAACAGUGCCAGUAUUCUAUCAUUUACGAUCAAUUUCUCAUGGACAAUGUCAUCUCGCUCCUCACGGGACUCAGUGACUCCCAGGUGAGGGCAUUCAGACAUACAGCUACCCUGGCAGCUAUGAAACUCAUGACGGCCCUUGUGGAUGUAGCCCUUCUGGUAUCAGUAAACUUUGACAAUGCUGCACGUCAGUAUGAGGCUGAACGCCUAAAAACAAGGGACAAACGAGCUUCUGAUCGUCUUGAGUCUUUGAUGGCAAAAAGAACAGAAUUAGAGGAGAAUAUGGAUGAAAUUAAGAAUAUGCUGACGUACAUGUUCAAAUCGGUAUUUGUGCAUAGAUACAGAGACACUCUGCCAGAUAUUCGGGCUAUUUGUAUGACCGAAAUUGGGAUUUGGAUGCAAAAAUUAUCCCAGAACUUUCUCGAUGACUCUUAUCUCAAGUAUAUUGGAUGGACAUUACAUGAUAAGGUUGGAGAAGUGAGAUUGCGAUGUCUGCAAGCACUUUUACCACUCUAUGCAACGGAAGAAUUUAAAGGAAAACUGGAGCUUUUCACAUCCAAAUUUAAAGAUCGAAUUGUGGCCAUGACACUGGACAAGGAAUUUGAAGUGGCUGUUCAUGCUGUUAAGCUUGUAAUUAGUAUUCUCAAGAUUCAUCCAGACAUCCUUACGGACAAAGAUUGUGAAAUUGUCUACGAAUUGGUGUAUUCGUCCAAUCGUGGUGUUGCUCAAGCUGCAGCUGAAUUUCUCAAUGUUAGACUCUUCCGACUCGAUGAUGAGGCACUCAGCACGGUAGUAAAAACGAAAAGGGGAAAAAUUCGUCUGCCAAAUACACCUCUCAUUCGGGAUUUGGUGCAGUUCUUCAUUGAGUCCGAGCUCCAUGAACAUGGUGCUUAUUUAGUGGAUUCCUUCAUUGACAACAAUCCCAUGGUGAAGGAUUGGGAAUGUAUGACGGAUUUGUUGAUGGAAGAUCCGGGUGUAACAGAGGAACCAUUGGACAACAAACAAGAAUCGACCUUAAUUGAAAUAAUGGUAUCAAGUGUCCGUCAAUGUGCCACUGGUGAGCCCCCAAUUGGUCGUGGCAGCAAUAGAAAACUGAGUUUGUCUGCCAAAGAGCAUAAAGUUGUGCAGGACGACAAGCAGAAGUUGACUGAACACUUUAUUCAGACACUUCCGUCACUUUUGUACAGAUACUCUGCAGAUGCGGAAAAAUUGACGAAUCUUCUAGCUAUUCCACAGUAUUUUGAUCUGGAUAUUUACACAACAGCACGCCAGGAGGGCAAUCUACAGGCGUUGCUGGACAAGAUGGACCACAUUAUGUCCAAGCAUACAGAUCGUGAUGUUUUAGAAACAUGUGCUAAAACACUUGAAUUUCUAUGCAUUGAAGGAAGUGCUAUUUAUACAAAAUGCGAUGUAGCCAGAUCCACAAUAAUUGAUCAAUGUGUAAAUCGCUACAAGGAUUCAAUUGAUGAUUGGCGUACAUUAAUUGCCGGUGAAGAAGUACCCAAUGAAGAUGAAAUUUACAAUGUUGUUAGCAGCCUAAAGAAAGUUUCAAUUCUCUUCUCAUGUCACAAUCUCAAUCAGUGGAAUCUCUUUGACUCUCUUUUCCGGGAUAUCGAUGAAUUGCAGACGAGCGAACUGGGCGAAGCUGUUCUGCCCAAUGAAGCUUUAAUCUAUUGCAUUGAGGCAUGUUUCUUUUCCAUCACUUGGGCUGUUCACAGUUUAGAGAACUACUCUGAUCCUUCUGCUAUCCAACAACCUGUGGAGGAGUUGCGCACAAAUCUGCACAAAUAUCUAAAUGCUUGUCGUGAGUUAAUUCGCAGAGCAUCGAGUGAGGAUAUCCAGGCAGCUGCUUACAUGUCUAUCUGCGAUUCUCUCAUAAUUUUUUCUGAUCAACUUUCCCAUCAUACUUCACAACAUCUCCAGAGAUUAGAGUAUGAAGCUUCGACUGAUAUGCAAGCAGACCUUAAUGAAUUUGUGCAACAGCAUGUAUUUGCACUGCAACAUGAUGAUGGACAAGAUGAGAGGCGCAUUGAGGAAUUGCACAAGAAGAGAAACUUCCUCGCCAGUUACUGCAAACUCAUCAUUUACAACAUUAUACCCACAAAAGCAGCAGCAGAUAUCUUCAAACACUACCUAAAGUGUUACAAUGAGUAUGGUGACAUAAUUAAAUCGACACUUGGGAAGGCACGUGAGAUAAACAAAGUAAAUUGUGCUAUGACAAUGUGUCUGAGUCUCAUCACCAUCUUCAAGGAAAUCCAAAUCAAGUACAAUAUGUUGCGUAUUUCAAAAAGUGUGCAGGAAUUUGCCGAUUUGCGGGAAUUGGCCAAGAGAUUUACAUUGUCCUUUGGCUUGGAUGCUGUUAAAAAUCGUGAAGCCAUUACGGCUCUCCAUCGGGCAGGAAUACUCUUUGCCGUGACACAACCAGUAGAUGUUCCUGAGGAACCACAUACACCUCCACCGUGUCUGCUAUUUCUCGAGAUUAUUAUGGAAUUCACAAAUAAACUGCUGAAGCAGGAUAAACGGAUUGUUCUAAAUUUCCUCGAUAGACGAAUUGCAUCUGAGAUGCCACUAAAUCGGGGUGAAGAUUGGCAACCACUUACAAAUUAUCGGAAUUCUCUGCUCCAUGGUGAAUCAGAUCAGCCAGCUAGUGCGCCUAAAAGGGCGUACACAAGGCGUCGCAAAGAUCAGGAACAUACAGAAGAUGCUGAAGAUGAGAAUGAAGAACCCAUGGAUUCAGAUCAAGAAAUGCGACGUUAAUUUUUUUUUAAAUAUCUUUAAAAGAAACAUAAUGAAAUUCCACCUAAAUUUUAUGCAAAAUCCCAUAACUGUAGUGAAUUUGAGUGUUGUAUUCAAUAAAAGAAAUCGUGAAUUUC